GGCAGACGGGAGACUUCACAGUUGGCUUGGCCUCACUCUCCCGCCACUAAUGUGAUUAUCUCCUUAUUUUUCUACUACUUCACAUCGCUUUCUUCCCCAAUCGGCGUUAUUUGAACACACUGGGGUUAUUUUUAGGUUUUUAUUGUUCCAGUUCUUGGCGGUGGUGUUUCCAUGAUGGCUGAGCCGAGCCACUGAGAGUCCGCAUCCACGGCAUAAGGUGUUGCCGUGUGAACGAUGCUCGAGCCAUGUCUGAUGUCGAGGUCACGUACGCCGACUUCAUCGCCUCCGGCCGGACCGGACGUAGAAACGCCAUGCAUGACAUCCUGCAGAGUCCCACUGACCCCGAGGGCCGAGAGAUGUCCCUGUCCUUGUCCCAGGUGCACAUCCACGCAGGAGGCGGAGAUGCCAACGACGCCGAGGAGGGUCCAGGUGCGUCGUCCUCGGCUCAAAGAGAGACGCAGCAGAAGAACAGCUGAACACACCGUUGUGGGACGGCCCUCUGCCCGUGUCGGCCCCCCCGCCUCCCUUCACACCUGGCAGGUAGUCUGACUUUGAAGGAUCUGUCCAAGCCGCCUCCUCUAGUCCCUUUAAAAGGUGGCGACCAUGAACCGGAACUUUCCUCUCACGUCCGGACUUUCUAGCCUGAGCUCUCAACUUGAAUCGGAGAAAAGUUGCUGAAUUGACAGAUUCUUCUCCCGGUGGUUAAUUUAGCGAGUGCUAAAAGCAGCGAGGGAUGGGAGGAGAGAGCAGCUUUUGUUGCCGUGGAUCGCAAGAAAAUGUACGAUGUUUUUUGACUGUGAAUUAAUUUAUGAUUUUUUUGCGUUUUAAUUUUGCAUCAAGUGACAAUUUCAUAAAAUGUUCCACUUUAAUUUCAUAAUUUCUGCACUGAAUUUUUACACUGUGUAUUUUAACAAACAUCAUUUCUAAACACACACAUUUUGCUCAAAAUUUUUAUUAUUGGAUGAAAUUGUCAGCAUUUUUGUGUGUGUUUAAAAAUUCUGUGUGUAAAAAUUCAGUGUAAAAAUGUUUGGUUGCUUCAAAACUCAAGACCCUUCUCCGGUAAAUUAUAUUAAAUUAGAAAAUUAAUUUAACUUGGUUUUUUGGGACUAUAGAGCAGAAAAAAAUAUGUAGUUUUUUUUUUUUUCUAUCAAAUUAUGCUGAAAAAUUCAUAAAAUUUCAGUUUAAUUUCAUAAUUUUUGCACAGAA